AUGGCGGCCACCGGGGUGCUGCCCUUCAUCCGGGGGGUGGAUCUGAGCAGCAAUGACUUCAAGGGGGGAUACUUUCCUGAACACGUGAAGUCAAUGUCCAGCCUGCGAUGGCUGAAACUGAACAGGACCGGGCUCUGCUACCUACCUACCGGAGGAGCUCUCUUCCCUGCACAAGUUGGAGCACCUAUCAGUGAGUCACAACAACCUAACCACGCUACAUGGCGAGCUGUCUUCUCUCCCCUGCCUAAGGGCUAUCGUAGCUCGAGCCAACAAUUUGAAAAAUUCGGGGAUCCCUGAUGACAUCUUCCAGCUGGAUGAAUUGUCAGUACUGGAUCUCAGCUAUAAUCAGUUGGCAGAGUGUCCUAGAGAGCUGGAGAACGCCAGAAACAUGCUAGUUCUUAACCUCAGCCACAACAGCAUUGACAACAUCCCCAACCAGCUGUUCAUAAAUCUGACGACCUGCUGUACCUGGACCUGAGCGACAACAAAUUGGACAGUUUGCCCCCCAGAUGAGGAGGCUGGUGCACCUGCAGACCCUCAUCCUGAAUAAUAACCCCCUGAUGCAUGCCCAGCUCAGGCAGCUUCCUGCAAUGGUCGCCCUCCAGACUCUGCAUCUAAGGAACACACAGCGAAUCCAGAGCAACCUGCCUACGUCCCUAGAAGGCCUGGCUAGUCUAUCAGAUGUGGAUCUGUCAAUGAAUGACCUGAGUCGGGUUCCUGAGUGCCUGUACACAAUUGCCAACUUGAAGCGCUUGAACCUGAGCAGCAAUCAGAUCGAUGAACUGUCCCUGUGUAUCGACCAAUGGACUCAGCUGGAGACCCUCAACUUGUCCCGCAAUCAGCUGACCUCACUGCCAUCUGCUGUUUGCAAGAUGUCCAAGCUGAAGAAGCUUUACCUGAACUCCAACAAGCUCGACUUUGAUGGCAUCCCUUCAGGAAUAGGCAAACUCGGCAACCUAGAGGAGUUUAUGGCUUCUAACAAUAACCUGGAACUGAUCCCAGAAAGCCUGUGCAGAUGUGGCAAAUUGCGCAAGUUGGUCCUAAAUAAAAAUCGCCUGGUGACCCUGCCAGAAACAGUCCACUUCCUGCCAGACUUAGAGGUCCUCGAUGUAAGAGAGAAUCCAAGUCUGGUGAUGCCCCCCAAACCAGCUGACCGCACGUCUGAGUACUACAACAUCGAUUUUUCUCUGCAAAACCAGCUGCGCCUGGCAGGAGCCUCUCCAGCCACUGUUGCAGCUGCUGCAGCCGCUGGGGGCAGCACCCCAAAAGAUCCCUCGGCCAGGAGAAUGCGUCUGCGGCGCAGAAAGGACUCCACACAGGAUGACCAGGCUAAACAAGUGCUAAAGGGAAUGUCCGAUGUGGCACAGGAAAAAAAUAAGAAGAUUCAGGAAAACGGUGACAUGUGAGAUACACAGACCUAAAGACCCGCCGAUGGGAUCAGGGCCUAGAGAAGCCACAUCUGGAUUACUCCGAGUUUUUCACUGAAGACGUCGGCCAGAUUCCGGGCAUCACUGUCUGGCAGAUUGAGAACUUUAUCCCGAUCUUGGUGGAGGAGGCGUUGCAUGGGAAGUUUUAUGAGGCUGACUGCUACAUUGUGAUGAAGACAUUCCUGGAUGAUAAUGGAGGCCUACACUGGGAGAUCUAUUACUGGAUUGGCCAUCAGGCUACCUUAGAUAAGAAGGCUUGUUCCGCCAUCCACGCUGUCAAUCUGCGCAAUUACUUGGGCGCUGAGUGCCGAACCAUCCGGGAGGAAAUGGGAGAUGAAAGCGAAGAGUUCAGCCAGGUGUUCGACAAUGAAAUUUCAUACAUAGAGGGAGGCUCAGCCAGCGGAUUCUACACUGUAGAAGAUACCCAGUACAUCACCAGGCUAUACCGAAUCUACGGCAAGAAGAACAUCCGCCUGGAGCCAAUGCCACUGAAGGCCUCUUCACUGGAUCCUCGGUUUGUCUACCUCCUGGAUAAUGGUCUGGAGAUUUAUAUCUGGAGAGGAUCCCAAGCUACGCUGAGCGGCACUACCAAAGCCAGGCUGUUUGCUGAGAAGAUCAACAAGAAUGAGAGGAAAGGAAAGGCAGAGAUCAUACUGCCGACUGAUGAGCAGGAGACCCCAGAGUUCUGGGAGGUCCUGGGUGGGCAGCCUGAGGAAAUCAAGCCCUGUGUUCCUGAUGACUUCCAGACUCCCAAACCAAAACUUUAUAAGGUCGGAUUGGGUCUGGGCUAUCUGGAGCUGCCACAGAUUAAUUACAAGAUUUGUGUGGAGCACAAGAAAAGGCCAAAGGUUGACCUGAUCCCCGAGAUGAGGCUGCUCCAGAGUUUGCUUGAUACAAAGUCUGUGUACAUAUUAGACUGUCACACUGAUGUCUUCAUCUGGAUUGGCCGAAAAUCAUCUCGCUUGGUUCGUGCAGCGGCUUUGAAGCUGGGACAGGAACUGUGUGGUAUGCUGCACCGACCAAAGCACUCCGUGGUGAUCCGCAACUUGGAGGGUACUGAGUGCCAGGUUUUCAAGUCGAAGUUUAGGAACUGGGACGACGUCCUGAAGGUGGACUACACCAGGAAUGCAGAGAGUGUGGCGCAGCCUUCUAAUCUGUCCGGAAAAGUAAAAAAAGAUGCAGAGAAAAAGGAUCAGAUGAAAGCCGACCUGACAGCACUCUUCCUGCCUCGCCAGCCACCAAUGGCCGUUUCCGAGGCUGAGCAACUGAUGGAGGAGUGGAAUGAAGACUUGGAUGGGAUGGAGGGAUUCGUACUGGAAGGGAAGAAGUUUGCCCGUCUGCCGGAGGAGGAGUUUGGUCACUUCCAUACGGAGGAUUGCUAUGUCUUCCUCUGCAGAUACUGGAUUCCGGUAGAACGCGAUGACGAGGAGGAGCAUCAGAAAAGUAAGAAAAGGAAGGUGAAUGCAGAUGGUGAACAGGACGACGAGGAUGAGGAAGAAGAGGAGAAGCAGCCAGAAGAAGACUUCCAGUGUGUGGUCUACUUCUGGCAGGGCAGAGAGGCCUCCAACAUGGGCUGGCUCACUUUCACCUUCAGCCUGCAGAAGAAGUUCGAGAGUCUCUUUCCUGGGAAGUUGGAGGUCGUCAGAAUGACUCAGCAGCAAGAAAAUGCAAAGUUCCUCUCUCAUUUUAAGAGAAAAUUCAUCAUUCACAAAGGGAAGAGGAAGACCAGGGAUGUGGGCCUUCAGCCAAGCCUAUACCACGUGCGAACCAAUGGCAGCGCGCUCUGUACCAGGUGUAUCCAGGUCAACACAGACUGCAGCUUAUUGAACUCCGAGUUUUGCUUCAUCCUGAAGGUGCCCUUUGAGAGCAUCGACAAUCAGGGGAUCGUCUAUACCUGGGUGGGGCGAGCCGCAGACCCCGACGAGGCGAAACUAGCAGAGGAGAUCAUGAAUCACAUGUUUGAUGACACGUACAGCAAACAGGUGGGCGUUUGGUCAUCUGAUGUUAUAAAACCUCAGCACAGUUCGGGUGUUUUUCUUCAUCAAGAACGAGGGUGAUAAAUGAAGGCGAGGAGCCCGAGAACUUCUUCUGGGUGGGCAUUGGAGGGCAAAAACCAUAUGAUGAAGAUGCGGAGUAUAUGAAGUACUCACGUCUGUUCAGGUGCUCUAAUGAGAAGGGCUAUUUCUCGGUGUCUGAGAAGUGCUCAGACUUCUGUCAGGAUGACCUUGCGGAUGACGAUAUCAUGCUCCUCGACAAUGGCAAAGAAGUGUACAUGUGGGUGGGGACACAGACCAGCCAGGUGGAGAUCAAACUCAGCUUGAAGGCUUGUCAGGUUUAUAUCCAGCACAUGAGAGCCAAGGAUUCCGAACACCCGCGGAAGCUGCGCCUGGUCCGGAAGGGGAACGAGCCUCACGCCUUUACGCGCUGCUUCCAUGCCUGGGGUGCCUUCCGUAAGCCGCCAUCUUAG